AUGGUUGGUCGAAGGAAGAAGGAAUCCUUCCAACAGUUAAAAGAGAAGAUUUUUACUAGGAUUGAGGGGUGGAGUACUAAUGGUUAUCACAAGGUGGUAAAGAAAUUUUUAUUAAAUCAGUGUUACAGACCAUCCCUACCUAUGCUAUGUCGUGUUUCUUAUUACCAAAGACUCUCUGUGGAGAUUUUGAAAACAUAUUUGCUAAGUUCUGGUGGCAGAAAGCGCAUAAAAGAAGAGGGGUGGCGUAUCUUGAACAACCCAAAUUCUUUAGUAACAAAAGUAUUAAAAGCGAAGUAUUUUCCAAAAGUUGAUUUUUUAAAUUCAAGUUUGGGAAAUAAUGCUUCGUAUACAUGGAAGAGUAUUUGGGCUACUAAGGGUGUCUUAGCUGAGGGAUUAUGCUGGAGGGUGGGUAAAUGCAUAAAUAUUUCGAUCAGCCGUGAUAAUUGGAUUCCAGUUUUACCGCGUGUUAUACUACCAGUUAUGAAUUUGAAUUUGAAUGAUAGCAAGGUUGCGGAAUUAAUUGAUUCAAACAGUAGAACAUGGAAAAAAGAGUUGAUAGAGCAUACCUUCCCGGAAGAUGUAGCAGAGAUGAUUCUCAGUAUCCCGCUGGCUGAAAAACCACACGAAGACUUUCAAGUUUGGAGUGCCGAAGCAUCGGGGGAGUUCACACAUCCCACCGUCGGAUUUUCUGUGUUGCAGUAUGGGCCAUUUGGGGGUGAUAGGAACAACAUAUUACAUAAAAAGGAAGUAAAUCUGUAA